ACGUGCGCAGCCAUCCUGAACGAGCUCCUGCAGAGGGAGAACCGAGUUCUCCACUUCUGGACCUUGAAGAAGCGCAGACUGGACCAGUGCCAGCAGUACCUGAUGUUCGAACGCAGCGCCAAGCAGGCCUUGGACUGGAUCCAGGAGACAGGUGAAGUUUACCUGAACACACACACGUCACCUGGAGGCAGCAGUGAGGAAACACAGCAGCUGCUCACUGACCACCAUCACUUCAGACUCACUGCUAAGCAAACCAAGGAGAAGGUGAAGCUGCUGAUCCAGCUAGCGGACAACUUGGUGGAGAAAGGCCACACCCACAUCUUGGAGCUGAAGCGCUGGGUCAGCACGGUGGACCGCAGGUACCGGGACUUCUCGCUUCGCAUGGUCAAGUACCAGGAGAACCUUGAGAGGAAUCUGGGGGUCAGCUCUGAGGACAACAAAGACUUGGAGUUGGACAUCAUUCCUGCGAGUCUGACAAAUGAUCCUGAGGUCAAACUGCGCGACCCAAACCACGAGGUCAAUGAGGAGAAAAGGAAGUCUGCCAGGAAGAAGGAGUUCAUCAUGGCAGAGCUGCUGCAGACAGAGAAGACCUAUGUCAGAGAUCUGCAGGAAUGUCUAGAGACCUACCUGUGGGAGAUGACCAGCGGUGAGGAGGAGAUUCCUUCGGCCAUCUCGAAUAAGGAGCUCGUAGUUUUCGGCAACAUGCAGGAAAUCUACGACUUCCACAACAACAUCUUCCUGAAGGAGCUUGUGAACUAUGAGCAGCUUCCAGAGGAUGUGGGCCACUGCUUUGUCACCUGGGCUGAUAAGUUCCACAUUUAUGUGGACUAUUGCAAGAACAAACCAGACUCCAGUCAGCUCAUCCUGGAGCACGCCGGCACCUUCUUUGAUGACAUCCAGCAGAGGCGUGGCCUGGUGAACUCCAUCAACUCCUGCCUCAUCAAACCAGUCCAGAGGAUCACCAAGUACCAGCUGCUGCUGAAGGAGCUGCUGUCUUGCUGUGAGGAAGGUAAAGGGGAGAUGAAAGAUGGUCUGGAGGUGAUGCUCAGUGUUCCUAAGAGGGCGAAUGAUGCCAUGCACCUGGCCAUGCUGGAGGGUUUUGAGGAGAACUUGGAGGUGCAGGGAGAGCUCAUCCUGCAGGACAGCUUCCAGGUGUGGGACCCACGUUCGCUCAUCCGGAAGGGGCGGGAUCGGCACUUAUUCCUGUUUGAGUUUUCGUUGGUGUUCAGUAAGGAGAUCAAGGACUCGGCUGGGAGAACGAAGUACCAGUACAAGAACAGGCUGCUGACAUCGGAGUUGGGGGUGACCGAGCACAUCGAGGGUGACCUGUUUAAAUUUGCUCUUUGGUCAGGAAGAACCCCCUCCUCUGACAAUAAAACAGUGUUAAAGGCCUCCAGCAUGGAAGCCAAGCAGGAGUGGAUCAGAAGCAUCAGGGAGGUGAUCCAGGAGAGGAUGACUCAGCUGAAGGGCGUGCUGAAGGAGCCUCUGUCUCUGCCCAAAACACCGGCGCUGACCAAACCCAAGAACCACACAAAGAGGGACGGAGCUGAGGACGGGGACAGUCAGGGGGACGGCAGCAGCCAGCCAGACACCGUCUCCAUCGCUUCCCGGACCUCCCAGAACACCGUGGACAGCGAGAAGCUCUCCGGCGGCUGCGAGCUCACCGUGGUUCUGCAGGACUUCACCGCAGGAUGCAGCACCGAGCUGUCCGUCACUGCAGGUCAGACCGUGGAGCUGAUCGAGCAGCCCAGCGAGCGGUCCAGUUGGUGUCUGGUCAGAACCACGGAUCACAGUCCACCACAGGAGGGACUGGUUCCGAGCUCAGCUCUCUGCGUGUCCCACUCCAGGUCCAGUGUGGAGAUGGAGUCCUUCUUCAGCUCAGGGAAAGAAAACUUUCAUGUGAGCAGCUCUGAGGCGAAGACGGAGUCUGUGGUGAACCUGCAGCCGCAGCCGUCGCUCAGCUCGCUGCAGUCCAACUCUCCUGGACCCAAACGUUCUGGCAACACUCUGAGAAAAUGGCUGACCAGUCCAGUUCGCCGCCUCGGCCAGAGCAACUCCAUCAAGAAACUGGACACCAGCAAACCCAAGAAGACGAGACCCGGCUCAGGACGGGAUGAUGUCAGGAACAGCAACGAGCUUGGUCAGUCUGGUGACAUCAUCAGUGAGGACAAGAACACUCUCAAGAUGUCCUCUGGGAUGCAGAGUGGCGGAGAGGAGGAGCCAGAGGAUGAGCCCCACCUUCCUCUUCCACCCCGCAUGGAGAUCAUCAAGGAUCCUCCAGCUGCAGAAGACAAGACGACAGAACCAGGAGCCUCCCAGGUCCUAGAACAAAGUUCCCCAGUCCAGCAGAGGAACCCUGAACAGGAGCAGAGAGCCAAAGCAAUGAGAGGCCGAAUGUUUGUUCUGAAUGAGCUCAUCCAAACAGAGAAGGACUACGUUAGAGACCUGGGCAUUGUGGUGGAGGGCUUCAUGAAGCGCAUGGAGGAGAAGGGAAUUCCUGACGACAUGAAAGGAAAAGAUAAAAUGGUCUUUGGGAACAUCCAUCAGAUCUUCGACUGGCACCGAGACUUCUUUGUAGUUGAGAUGGAGAAGUGCCUGGACAACCAUGAACUGCUUCCUGAGCUCUUCAUCAAACACGAGAGAAGACUCUACAUGUACGUGAUCUACUGUCAGAAUAAACCCAAGUCGGAGUACAUCGUAGCAGAAUACGACGCAUACUUUGAUGGAAUCCAGCAGGACAUUCAGUCCAGACUGGCCAUCAGUGACUUCCUCAUCAAACCCAUCCAGAGAAUCACCAAAUACCAGCUGCUGAUGAAGGACUUCCUGAAGUUCAGUUUGAAGGCAGGACUGGACUGUGAACAAAUCGAGAAAGCCGUGGAGUUCAUGUCCGAGGUUCCCAAGCUGUGCAACGACAUGAUGAAUCUGGGUCGGCUGCAGGGCUACGAGGGCAAGCUGACCAAUCAGGGCAAGCUGCUGCAGCAGGAGACCUUCUUCGUGUCGGAGCAGGACGCCGGGGUCCUGUCACGCUCCAAAGAAAGGAGAGUCUUCCUCUUCGAGCAGAUCGUCAUCUUCAGCGAGCUGCUCAGGAAAGGCUCGUCCACGCCGGGGUACCAGUUCAAGAAGAGCAUCAAGGUGUCCAACCUGGGUCUGGAGGAAACUGUGGACAAUGACCCCUGUAAGUUUGUCCUGAUGUGCCGUGGCUCAGCGGAGCGCUUCACCCUGCAGGCCGCCAACGUGGACAUCAAGCAGGUCUGGGUCCAACACAUCCAGAACAUCCUGGACGCUCAGAACAACUUCCUGUCAGCUCUGCAGUCUCCCAUCAUGUACCAGCAGGAGCAGAGCAAAGGAGGCAGCAGCUCCUCCCUGAGCAGGAAAAGCUCGUCGUCAGGGAACCGACCAGCGUCUUCAUCCCACAGCCGCCCGUCCUCCGCCGUGGGACAGGACAUGGAGAGGGGGCGGAGCCAGCUAACAAUCUCUACCUCCAACGGUGGCUCGUUGUGCUUCGAGUCCAGAGACGAAGACAGCAGCUGUAACGGCACCUCCUCCACCAUGCGGGUGGUUCAGGACUACUCGGCGCUCAAGGAGAAUGAGAUCUGCGUGUGGCAGGGCGAGGUGGUCCAGGUGAUGGCCACCAAUCAGCAGAACAUGUACCUGGUCCACCGACCAAUCAACAGCCAGUCCCCCGCUGCCGAGGGCUGGGUGCCGGGACAUGUCCUCGGCUCGCUCACAAAGCCCAUUAAAGACUCGUUCUCCACUUCCUCCUUCCCAGCAGCUGUGGCAGAUUCCAACAUCAUCAAGUAAGUCCCCCCCCCACACCCCCACCAU